AUAUUUACAUUAUAUAAAUAUAUAUAAAAUAAAAUCACAAAGAUGUUCCAAUAAAAUCAAACAAAAGUCCUAAAGGUGUCCCAAUAAAAUGUACGGUCAUGUUUUCCAAAUUAUAUUAUGUAAAGAGCUGCUAAAAUUUCUUUAAAUCUUAGUCAUUUUAAAAUAUAGGUUUUGGCGUCUUUUCUUUUGAAAAAAUUCAAAAAGGUCAGUUCAUUGCUCAAUAUAGGGGAGACUUAGUGCCAAAAAAGGAAAUGAAUAAUAAAAUAAAAUAUUACGAAAAAACAAACGCUGGUAGCUACGUUUACGACUUUAUACACAAUAAUAUUGAAUACAGUAUUGAUGCCACAUUUCAUUUGAAUUAUAUUGGUCGUUACAUUAAUGAUUCUAAAUAUUUUCCAAAUGCUGUGAUGAAAAAAGUUUUAGUCAACAACACUCCAUCUUUAUGCUUGUUUGCAUUAAAAGACAUUGAGCCAAAUGAAGAAAUACUGUAUUUCUAUGGUGUUGAUAAUUUAUCAUGGCAUCCUGAGGUAAAAUUUUUAAAAUAAAUUUUUAAAGUUAUAUUUAACUUUUUUUGACAUCUACUUAAAUCUUUACAGGAGUUUAAAAGAAAACAUCAAAAAGGAAAUAAAUCAAAGGUAAACCACUAUGUAAAAAUGAUGUGUAAAAUUGCAAAAAAUAUAUCUUAAAAUAGACUAAAAAUUUAAUUCCUGAAGUUAUUUUUCUGUCUCAA